ACGUUUUGGAGAGUGUGGAGCUAUAAAGUCGAACCUCCAGCUUUCAGAUCACACCAGAAGAAGAGGACUGGAUCUCCUGAUGGCUUCUCUCACAGUGAGCGUGCAUCAGAGCCGCUCGAUGUCCAGACAGUCUGCCUUCACCAUUGACAGCAUCCUGGGACUCGACAGACCGGAUCCCAGAACCGUGCUUUCAGCACCUCACCGACCCUGGACAGACGUGAAACCAGCGGGUCAGAGCCGUGGUGUGGUCGCAGACAGUGAUGUUUCAGUGAAUGUGAGGGUGAAUGAAGACAGUAAAUCUUACAGUAAAUCACCAGCAGACGCUUACAGGAGAACACUGAACUGGUACAUCGGACGCAGACCGCGCACCGCUUUCUCUAGUGUUCAGAUCAAGAUAUUGGAGAGUGUGUUUCAAGUGAACUCAUACCCAGGCAUUGACAUACGUGAAGAACUUGCUAAGAAACUGCAUCUAGAUGAGGACAGGAUUCAGAUUUGGUUCCAGAACAGAAGAGCGAAGCUGAAGCGUUCACACCGAGAAUCUCAGUUUCUCAUGGAGAAGAACGUCCUCCUGAGUGAUUUACAGUCAAGCAGAGAGGAACGCUGACUGCAGAUCCACAUUCGAUCCUAUUAUUAUUAUUUCUGUCGCUCUGCCUCACUCUGUGAUGUUGUAAUUUAUUAUAUAUGUCUUUACCAGUUAUGCAACUAUUAAUAUUCCACUUUGAUUUAAAUGCUAAAGAUUCUUAUUGUUAUUUCUUAUUGUGUUUGCUGAAAAUAUAAAAUAAUAAAGUCAACAUAAACACAAUUUUAAAUUUCUCUACUUCCAAGUGGAUUUAAGUUAACAUUAUCUUCUGCCAGCUGUUAAACUAACCUGCAAACUAAUUAGUGCUUUGUAAC